UACAACCGGUGAGAUUUUUGGAUUCCAGUCGUCCAGCACCGUUCCCACCAUUCCGCGUAUAUUUUCUCUGAGAGAAGUGAAAGGUCGUUUGUCCUCCUUCAAUUUUUUGUUCAUCUACUUAAGCCCAUUAAUUCUCUCGGCUUUUCAUUAUUCAGUAUUAGAGUAUUUGUCUAUAACGCACACGUACUUUGUAAGUGAAAUAACGUUAUCUUUAGCUCUUUGUCGGUUGGUAACGAGCUUUUUAAACAGUUCACGCGACCCGACGUUUUGUAACGCUGAGCUCAGGUACUCUCAGAGUUCAGUGUGCCUGAAUCACAGGAGAGUCAUUUAGAGGAAUUCACCGCAGGACAGCUGUUGCAGUUAAGCAACAUAAGCCUGUAUCACAUCAGUCAGGUCUGUGAAGAUCACCAUCAAAAAAAAUGUCAUCUAAGAUGCAGACCUCGAAUAACAUAGCACAGGCGAGAAGAAUUGUACAGCAGCUACGGAUAGAGGCAAACAUUGAGAGAAUAAAGGUUUCUAAAGCUUCCGCAGACCUCAUGCAUUACUGCAGCGAGCAUGCCAAGUACGACCCUCUACUCAUGGGCAUCCCGGCCUCAGAAAACCCUUUUAAGGAUAAGAAGCCCUGCACUAUAUUGUAGUGGAUAGCUCUAAUCAUGUGCUCUUUGAUGCCUCCUUUUUUAUAGAAAGAAUAUUUUACCUUAAAGCAUUCAUACACUAGUCGCCUUAAAGUCAGCUAACCUCCUCAUUCUUACUCUUCUUUUAUUCUCCUGCCCUCCAGGCUAGAACAGAAGUCUACACUUGAAACAUAUUCACUUCUUCUACUUAUGUUCUAUUCAAGAAUUCCAGACCAAAAACUAAGUAAACAUGAUUUAUGGUGCAUUGGCAAAGCUUGUGAUAGGAUUUUUAAAAAAACUUCUAUUGAUUGCCAGAACUGAGAACCUGUUUGCUGUGAUCCUGCUAUCUGAUGUGGUCUAGACCAGGCCAUUUUGCAAAUAAAGAAAAAAAUCUCACUUGGGAAGUACCCAGACAAAGAGCUCUACUCAUCAAGGCCAAUUUCAUUUUCUUUGAUCAUCAUGCCCACUUAAUAUCUCUGUUCUUGAUAAGCAAAGCAAAGAAGUAGCGCUGUGACUUUGUGUAAUAACAAUGUUCACUGGGGCUAAAGAUUUAACCUUUUAUUUGAAAGGAGUCCAGAGACCUGAAACAGACCCUGAAACCUGAUUUGAGAGGAGUCCAGAGACCUGACACAGUGCUCUAAAUGUCUAUUACUUUUGGGUUUUUUUCCCCCCCACAACCUACAGUAUAUACAUUUGCCAAGUGGCAUUUUUACGUACUGUGCUUGUAGAUAAGAUAAAAUGUAUUUCUUGCAUAAAAACCACCCAGUUACUAUUGUAGAACCUUGACUGCAAAACUAACACUGUUCCACAUAGUAAUAAAUCAAGGCAACUGGACUUAUCAUUAAAGUGAUAGUUGAUGAAAAAAGAUUUUCUUUAGCAUAAUGCAGUGUGUAUACCUGAAUUAUUAUAAAUCCCACCACAGAAGACAUAGUUUGCCUCAGUUAAACUAUAAACCAUUUUAUAAUGUGGCAGAAUAUUGUAUGUCUAUAUUAGUGCUUUCAGAUGCUGGGCCAUACCUCUAUGAAUCAGAUGCUUGUGUGAAUUGUCCACUUUCCAGAGUGCUAGAAGGGAUAAUAGCUAUGUGACAGGCCUUUGCUCAGCCCAUGGUUACCUCUGUAAUACAAGAUUUAAAACACAUAAGCAAGUGCAUUUGAGGUUGCUAACUUUUUACUGUAUGGUAUGAGUAUGUGAUACUGGGCUUCAUUUAUCAAGCGGGAGACAAACAAAUAAACUCAUACAUAAGUAAGUUCAGAAAAGUGUUUGUAUCAUUGAAGGCACCUGAGCGUCUCUAAAUUUACAUGCAUUCUAUUUAAUACUGAACAGAAUCGCAAUUGAUAGACUUCAGAUCAUAUCAUGGUCAUGGUUUCUACAAUUUUAUAAGUUUGGCGACAACUCUAAAUGCAAAUCAGCUGUGCUGCAAACACACCUUUUACUUUACUGGUGAUUGCCGUUCAUGAACAUGUAAAUGUUUUACCGAUGCCAAAUAUGUCACCAAUGGUGGGAUUUUUGUUAGUUUGGAUCCCUUUGAAAACCUUUAAACACAGUUGUACUAAAUGAUUUAUGAAUGAGGCUGUUUGGGUAUAGACUUGUCCCAGGUGAUGUCUUGGGGUAAGAGGAAAUUGUUUAAAUUGUGUUUUUACUUAAACAAAUGUUGGAGCAAAAAUGUGAAAUGUUGUGUCCACUAGCAUUCGUAUUUUAUUUCUAUUCAAAAUGAUGUAUUUGUAGUCAGGUUCAGGUGACCAAACAUUUAUUGUUAGUAAAAAGCUGUUUCUAUACAGACUAGCCUUACAAAUUACAAAUUUAGAACAAUACUGAAUUUUAUAUUCUACCAUUCUGGACUGGUUUUAAUAAUUAGCAAGGUUGAAAAAAAAACAGCUUUGGGAAUAAAGCCCCAAAUAAAGUAGCUCUACACACACUCAUAGGUUUAACACAAGUCCAGUUGCCUUGUCUUAAUAUUGCUAGGCAGUGAAAAUAAACCAGAUGACCAGUAGCCUUUGGAGUCCUGUUGCUCAUUGUGGAGGAACCUGUGGCGUCAUUCUGACGCAAUUUGUCCUCAAGAGUACCAGCACACCCUUUUUUUCACAGCACAUGUGAACAAUGGAGGGUUUCACACAGGUCAGUGAAAGUUCGCCUCCUCUGUCAGAGCACUAAACCAUCCAUGCUUUCUUUUCACCCUAGAGAAAGCUCUCUUGUCUUUUGCAUACAGAAAACCUGAGUGCCAUGCUGCAAGAAUGACAAAAACCAUCAUUACUGUUCAGUGCUCUUUUAGGCCUACUUAGGUUAUCUUUUAUAUGACCCUGGCAAAAGCAUGUUUGAGAAGUAAGAAGCAUGACCUGAAUUCCCCUGCCCACACAGUUCUUACCUAUGCCUUAGAAAACCUUAGACCGUUGUUGUUGUCUUGUUUAUCUUAGAUAUAGCAGCAAUAUAUAUGAUUGCAGAUCAUGGUACAGUAAUAUAUUGUAACCCUUUAAUGAUUAUAUGCCUUAUUUACAUGUAAAAUGCUUUUGAUUGUUUUGAUUUCUAAUGGUAGUAUUUUCUUUUGAAUGAUAAACUCUGUAAAUUGUUUGUGCCAUCCUGUCAUGUUCAGUCUAGCCAACAACAGUAAUGUGUCUAGAGUCACUGCCAGUGCUUCUCUAUUUAUCUAUGCCGAGCAAACCAUAGACUACGAAUUACUCCAGAGACUGUUAUUGUGAAUCUGAACAUUCCAUGUUUACAACUGCAGGUUCGGGUGAAAAUGCUUCAUAAUACCAUGCAGUUUAUAAUGUGUGUAUGUGAGUGCUUUUUUU